CAUCAGUUUAGUAUCGAUCAAGGAAGAUGUUGAAACUCGCCCUCAUUCUUGCUGCUUUGGCAGUGAUCCGCGCAGAUGAUGUAUCGAACACCUAUUACCUGUACACGCUGGAAAACCACUAUGAACCUGAGAUUAUGGACCCUAGGGUGCCCUUUUCAAGAUACUCUAAUUUCAAAAUAACAGACAACACAGUUAUUUUGGUUCAUGGGCAUCAAGGCAGCGUGCACUCUGAAUUUAACACCCUCGUUAAAGAUGCUAUUUUAUAUCAUCAACGUCCUCAUAACGUUAUCGUGGUUGACUGGAGCAGAGAAGCUAAUCAGGGAUAUAGUGCCGCAAGACAGUCUGUGCCUUUGGUAGCUCAUCAUUUAGCUAAUUUUAUAAACUGGCUAGAAACUGAAGCCAGAUUAAUCAGGAGCACAUUGCAUUUGGUUGGUUUCAAUCUUGGAGCUCACAUUGUUGGUCAAGCUGGCCGCCGACUGGACCAAGGAUUGGGCAGAGUCGGAAGAAUCACUGGUUUGGACCCAGCUGCUAGCCGAUGGGGCAGUGAUUCCGGAAGAUUAGCAGACUCUGAUGCCAUGUACGUCGAAGUUAUCCACACAGAUAUCACAGGACCUGGCUCGAAUGGUAUUGGAACCGCAAUUGGUGACAUCAACUUCUUCGUCAACGGUGGUAGCAACCAACCAGGCUGCAUCGGUCAUGUUUGCAACCAUAACCGUGCCUACGAGGUCUUUGCGGCAUCUAUGAGCAACAGUGGACUUGUCGGAUACCCCUGCAGCACAGACUUGCAAAAUACACUCAACAGGUGCAGAGGAGAUCCAUUGCACAUGGGUGGCUUACUACUGUCCAAAACAGGUUCCAAAAAAUACCGUGUCAACACAAGUGGAAGGUGGCCCUAUUAAUGAAAUUGAUCUAAAGACAACACCGAACACUCGAUGAUUGUUUACGGUUUGAAAAACAGCCUGUAUGUGGAAAAUACCCGAAAAACAAUUUAAUCUCACUUUUGGUUUAGUCUUUCUGGAGACUUAAAUGAUGUACAUAAAUCGUACUUAUUGAAUUAUACUUAUUGCUUAUUUCAAAA